CUUUAAACAUAUCUGUAGCUCAAUUCGCUCCUUUGAUUGAUAAAGUUACAGAUUACCUAAAUGCUUGGAACCCGAAGACUCUUUCUUAUGCAGGGAAAAUUGAAUUAAUCACAUCGGUUAUGCAAGGAGUACAAGCUUUUUGGCUUGGGAUUUUUCCUAUGCCGAGGGCAAUCAUUGACAAAAUAACUUCUCUUUGUAGGUUAUUUCUUUGGGGAAGUAAGCACUCUAAAGUUGCUUGGUGUGAUGUGUGUCUACCUAAGAGUGAGGGAGGUUUGGGGGUAAGAGAUACUAAGGACAGGUUUGGACCUUGGUGAAGAACUGGCUUGGAAU